AUGCUUGUGUUAUCCCUCUCGUUUGAUUAUGUUGUAGUUGACAAAUCUUCUGAUACAACGUUCUAUAAUCUAGCGUGUGAUUCCGCCACUCCUCCUGUCAAACAUCGCAAGAGAGCAGUUCAGGCUGCUGCAUCAGUGCCAAGUUAUCUGCCUAACAAGUCACCGAGUGCCGUUAGCAGUGCUUGCUCAUGCCUGAUUACGAAGCCCGCCGCAGCCGUGACUACAAAGGUCACAGCCAAAGCUUCUAAGACAGUCACGACUACUAAGACCCAAGAGGUGGUGUCGACAAUCACCAACCGGCUAAGUACCGUCGUCACAAACAAGAAGACUGGCACUAUCACUUUAUCCACCACGACUACCAUCACUAGUUCCCAGAUCGUAGCCCAGACAAAGCAUCUGGGUGCUAUCACUACAAAAGUGGAGACCUACAUUGUUACCGAUUUCGAUCAUCUCGUUUAUGUGUACAAGACACAGUUUGUUACAGCUACCAACUUCAACACAAUUACUACCACUAGCACCAGGACCGUGCCAAACACCCGUUACAACACCGUUGUUGUCACUAGCACGCAGCCUACAACGGUCACUAAGGAUGUUUACACGACUUCGCAGACAGUCCUUUCUACGCGUACAGUAUUCACUGGAGGAUCAACUAUCACCAGCGGAACAACUACUAUAUAUGGCACAAUCUAA